UGCGUCAUCGGACACCGAGGAAAAGGGGCAACUUUCCGACCGGAUUAACCUCAAAACCGAAAACGAUAAAGAGUAAAAGCUACAGUUUCGGACGAAUCUUCCUCAGUCCCUGACAUCAAAUAUUAAUUUCUUUCUUAGGGUGUCUUCAUCAUGGACUUGGAUGACAUCGGAGUCCAACCUAACUUCCUCGCUGCUUUACCCUCCUGAAGCAAUUUAGAGGCUUCUUUAAAAGCAUGGAUUCACGAAAGUGCAUGGCUUCUACUGGUGCGUCAUUAGUUAAGGUGUCACCUUUAAGCUUUACAAAUCAGGUGGAUAAGAUGGCUCGACCUUGUAAUGAUAAAGGAGCUGCUGGUCAUGAUGUUGACACUGAUGUGGAUAUGGACCUUAGAGAAGUUUACUUUUUGAUUAUGCAUUUUUUGUCCGCUGGGCCAUGUAAGAGGACUUUUUCGCAUUUCUGGAAUGAACUUUUGGAGCAUCAGCUUCUGCCAAGAAGAUAUCAUGCUUGGUUUUCAAGAAGUGGCUUGCACAGCGGGAAUGAUGAUGAUGAUGGCAUUUCUUUCCCUUUGAAUUACAACGUAUUAGCGGAUAGGUAUUCUCACAUAGCAAAGGAUCACUUGGUAAAGCUUCUGAAGCAAUUGAUGCUGAGCACAGCCCAUCCCAUGCACAGCAAACUUCGAGAAAGUGCCCCUAAUGCUGCUGAUGUUCCUACUUUACUUGGAUCUGGUUCCUUUUCUCUUUUGGACGUUGAUAGGAAAACAGGGAAAAAUCAAGUUAAGCCCCUUCCGGCUUACCUGCGUUGGCCUCACAUGCAGGCUAAUCAAGUUCAGGGGCUAUAUUUAAGGGAAAUUGGAGGUGGUUUCACAAGACACCAUCGAGCCCCAUCAAUUCGAUCUGCAUGUUAUGCAAUAGCCAAACCAUCAACUAUGGUGCAGAAGAUGCAAAACAUAAAGAAGUUGAGGGGACAUCGUGUGGCUGUCUAUUGUGCCAUAUUUGAUCGAUCUGGAAGAUAUGUGAUCAGUGGUUCAGACGAUCGUCUUGUUAAGAUUUGGUCUAUGGAAACUGCAUUUUGUUUAGCGAGCUGCCGUGGACAUGAAGGUGAUAUCACUGAUUUGGCUGUAAGCUCAAACAAUGCUUUGGUGGCAUCUGCAUCAAAUGAUUUUGUCAUUCGAGUUUGGCGCUUACCAGAUGGAAUGCCAAUAUCAGUUUUACGGGGACAUACUGGAGCUGUUAACACCAUUGCAUUUAGUCCUCGACCCAGUGCUGUAUACCAGCUUUUAUCGUCAUCAGAUGAUGGAACUUGUCGAAUAUGGGAUGCAAGAUAUUCACAGUGCAAUCCACGGAUAUACCUGCCUCGGCCUUCCGAUUCUCUAACUGGUAAGAACAAUGGUCCAUCUGCUAAUUUACCUUCCUCAAGUAAUGGUCAACAAAGCUAUCAGAUACUUUGUUGUGCGUAUAAUGCAAAUGGAACUGUUUUUGUCACUGGUAGCUCUGAUACUUUUGCAAGGGUGUGGAGCGCUUUUAAGUCUAACUCAGAUGAUUCAGAACAACCAGUACACGAGAUGGAUUUGUUGGCUGGCCAUGAAAAUGAUGUUAAUUAUGUGCAGUUUAGUGGUUGCUCAGUGGCUUCGAAAUUUUCAACAUAUGACUCUUUAAAGGAAGAAAAUGUCCCGAAGUUCAGAAGCUCCUGGUUUUGUCAUGAUAACAUAGUUACCUGCUCCCGAGAUGGAAGUGCAAUUAUUUGGGUUCCUAGAUCUCGUAGAUCUCAUGGAAAAGUGGGACGUUGGACUCGUGCAUAUCAUUUAAAAGUGCCUCCACCACCUUUGCCUCCUCAGCCUCCUCGAGGGGGUCCAAGGCAGAGAUUCCUACCUACUCCUCGAGGUGUCAAUAUGAUUGUAUGGAGCCUGGACAAUCGAUUUGUACUUGCUGCUAUCAUGGAUUGCAGAAUAUGUGUUUGGAAUGCAGUUGAUGGAAGCUUAGUGCACUCUUUGACCGGCCAUACUGCAUCUUCUUAUGUUUUGGACGUUCAUCCCUUCAACCCUCGGAUAGCUAUGAGUGCUGGCUAUGAUGGACGAACAAUUGUGUGGGAUAUAUGGGAGGGCGUGCCUAUUCGAACAUAUGAAAUUGGACGGUUUAAGUUGGUGGAUGGGAAGUUUUCUCCGGAUGGAACAUCAAUUGUGCUUUCAGAUGAUGUUGGCCAAAUAUAUUUUCUGAAUACUGGUCAAGGCGAGUCCCAGAAGGAUGCAAAAUAUGACCAGUUUUUUCUUGGGGAUUAUCGACCCCUUGUACGGGAUAUCCAAGGAAAUGUUCUUGAUCAGGAGACUCAACUUACACCAUACCGAAGAAACAUUCAAGAUCCUCUGUGUGAUUCUAGUUUGUUGCCAUAUCCUGAGCCUUAUCAGAGUCAAUUUCAGCAACGUCGGCUUGGUGCUCUUGGCAUUGAAUGGCGUCCUUCAUCAAUAAAGUAUGCUGUUGGUCCGGAUUUCAGUGUCAGCCAGGACUACCAGGUGAUCCCCUUGGCAGAUUUGGAAAGAAUGGUUGAGCCGCAACCAGAGUUCAUAGAUGCCAUGUUGUGGGAGCCAGAAAUUGAAAUUAUUAGUGAUGAUAAUGACUCAGAAUACAAUGUAAACGAUGAUAAUGGCAGUGAAGCGGAGCAUGGGAGUAUAAGUUCAAUCUCUUCUAGUGAUCCAGAAUGCAGUGGAGAUGAUUGGGAUAGCCUUCGAAGGUCAAGAAGGAAAAAACAAAAUGCGGAAGUCGAGUCAACAACUUCUUCUGGAAGGCGUGUCAGGAAAAGGAAUUUGAAUGAUUGUGAUGGCACACCGUCUGGAAGUAACAGAACUAAGAAAUCAAAGAACAGCAGGAAAUCAUCUAAAAGAAAAUCUUCCAGCACUAAGACAUUAAGACCUCAGCGGAUUGCUGCACGGAUUGCUCGUAAUAUGUUAUCCCAAAUGGAUGAAAUAUCUACUACGGAUGGGGAAGAUGCUGAUCUUGAAGAUGAAUCAUCUGACAGUUUGCAAGAUUCAGAUAUUAUUAGUGAGCCUGAAAGGAAGAUUCAGAGUAUGCGUGAGGAAAAUAAGCAACCAUUUUUGGAUGGGGUUGCUGAUGCAUCUAAGCCUCCUGCACAUUCUGAGUCUCAGGCUAAUGUUGGAAAUAGAAGGAGACUGGUUCUUAAGUUUUCACUUCGAGAUUCUAAGAAAAAUUUACCUUUAGAAGACAUGGGACAUGCAUGUGAUGCUCAGGCCGAUGUGGUAUGUCAGUCUUCAAAAUCCCUGGGAAGUAUUCAAAAGUCUGUACUCGACAAAUGUUCUGUGGGCCCAGCAUUAUCAUUUAUAGAUGUGAACACUGCUCCUCCCCAGAGCCACGACAAAAGUGAAGAUAAGAUAGACACAUCCAAAUCUUCAACAUCGAAAGAUACCUUGCUCACUGAUCCUGGAGGGGUUGACCACCUUGGACAAAAUACUAUUGGAAAAUCAGAACAGUUAGUAACCAGUGAUGGAGAGAGAAUAAGUUGCAGGAGUCAUCCAAAGCCUGCUCAUCUUGAUACUGGACUCCAACCUUCAUCUCUUGAAUCUUCAUUACUUGGCAACCAUUUUCUUAACGGUGAUGGCUCAUUGGCAUCUGGGAAUGGGAUGUCAAAUGGUGGUGACAAACGCACAGAGGACUCACUAGAAAGAACUGAAGUUACUCCUGACCUCAAAAUGAAAGCACCUAUGAAUUCAACAAAGUUAGUUCUUAAAAAGAAACAAAUUUCAGCGGACAAUAAAAGUCCAUGCAAACUGAAAUUUGUUAGCCCUCAGAUAGAUGCUGAGAAUUCCUCAUUUAUGGUGUCUGGUUUAGGAAUGGAAGUACCUGAAGAGGGUGACUAUAAAGUACAUGAUCACGCCCAACAAAAGGACAGAUCAUCAAAAUGUGAGGCCAACCCUGAUGUUGGUACUGACGUGGAAGAGAACACGCUAAUUGUCAGUAGACAUAUUGAUUCAGGAGUUGAUCGGUGUGAUCCAGUAAGUGAUCCAAUACAUAGAACACGAUCCAUUAGAAUAAAGACAUCAGAGGAGUCAAAUAACAUGAACCUAAGGAUUAAGAUUCGAGGGGGUCAAAAUUCUGGUGGAACAUUGAAUCAGGCGGGAUCUUCCACUGACAUGUCUGAUCAACUCCAUCGAAGAUCCAGGCCUUCAAGAAGCAGACGGGGUGGGUAUUUUGCAGAUGAUUCUGAUACAUUAAUUCAAAGGAUGUCAAACCCCCCUAUCAAGAAGUUGUCAUGGCUGAUGCUGUCAGAGCAUGAGGAGGGUUACCGUUAUAUUCCUCAACUUGGUGAUGAAGUUGUAUACUUGAGACAGGGUCACCAAGAGUACAUCGAGUCAUGUGGGUCCUAUGAAGUUGGUCCUUGGAGAUCAACUACAGGACUCCGUGCUGUUGAAAUUUGCAAGGUUGCAGAACUUGAUUAUGCAACGGUAGCAGGUUCUGGAGAUAGCUGUUGUAAACUCAAACUUAGAUUUGUAGAUCCUUCUUCUAGUGUGUGUGGUAAAUCAUUCAAAUUAACUCUGCCUGAAUUGAUUAAUUUUCCGGAUUUUGUUGUUGAAAAAACAUGGUAUGAUACUGCCAUGAGGAGAAAUUGGUCUCCAAGAGAUAAAUGCAUGGUGUGGUGGAGAAAUGCGAACGGGGAAGGGGGAAGUUGGUGGGAAGGCCGCAUUCUUUCAGCACAGGCCAAAAGCCAUGAGUUUCCAGAUAGUCCUUGGGAGAGGUAUCUGAUCCAGUAUAAGACUGAUCCUACAGAAACCCAUCUGCACAGUCCUUGGGAACUGUAUGAUCCUGAGAUACAAUUGGAGCACUCUCACAUGCACCAUGAGAUCAGAAAUAAGCUGUUGUCUUAUUUCUAUAAACUAAUCCAGAGAGACAGUGAUGGUAUCCAGGCAUUGAACCGAGCAGCUGAGAAGUCAGACUUUUUAAACAGGUUUCCCGUUCCAUUAUAUCCUCAAUUGAUUCUAUCAAGGUUGAAGAAUGACUAUUAUCGGAGUGUAGAAGGUGCUAAGCACGAUAUCAUGGUAAUGCUAACAAAUGCUGAGAAUUUCUUUACAAAAAGUCCUGCGCUGUUGAGCAAGAUCAAGCGCACAUCAGAUUGGUUUAGAAGAAAACUAGAAAGGAUAUAGGAAGUGUAAUACAGAUUUUAUGAUUAUCUUCAAUUUUAUUCCAUUCUUUAAUCCAAUUUUGGGGGGAUGAGUUGUUCUGUAGGCAGUGGCUUCUUAGAAUGGAGAUGGCCGAGAUGGUUCGUGUAUAUCGAUGGGCAUAUGUGUGUGUGUGUGUAUAUAUUGGCUCAUCUUUGUAGAUGUCAAUUAUCUACGAAAUGAUAGAUAUGGGCAUUUUUGCCCUUUUCCGUGUCUGAAUGCUUUAGUUUUCCAGUGGACACAAGCACGUGUGGUGCUAUCGCUUUUAA